CUGAAAGCUGAUUAGCCCAGGAGGCUACAGUUUGCUUACUUCAUUCCUCCUCUCCCUGGAGGUGAACGCCUAUUCAGGAGUGGCCAGAUAGGUCUGUUUCUCAGUCAAGAUGGGGAAAAAUCUGGUGACAGCACAGAUACGAGGAGAGACUCGUGCCCUGUGCCUGGGCACAGUCAUGGUGGUGUGUUCUGCCAUCACCUACUACAUCCUGGGGACAACCAUGCUGCCCUUAUUCCACAAGAGUGUAUGGACGGAAGUAUCUGUUUGUCACCUAAUUGAAGCAGAUAUUAGGGACCACGAGAAGCUGGAUGGCAAGAAGGUCCCACAGUACCCGUGUCUGUUGGUCAAUGUAUCUACCAUUGGGAAGCUGACCAUUUUGUACCACACAGAGGAGACAAAAGAAAAAAACUCUCAGUGUUCCUACAUACCUGAGAGCUUGGAGGACUACCAAGAAGCCAGGAUGAAGGUGGAAGACGUCAAGUUCAGGUUCAAGGAGCGCCAGACUUUUCCCUGCUACUCAGACCCUGAGGAAAGUGAGAAGAGUGUCCUGCUCCAAAAGCUCUACACUCCAGAGAUCCUGUUGAAGUGGCUUUUUUGGCCUACCUUCAUGCUAACUGGAGGAAUAUUUAUCAUCAUGAUGGUGAAAAUAAACCAGUCUCUCUCCAUCCUUACAGCACAGAGAAAGAACCCAAUUAACACUUCACAGUUCAGGCAUAACUGAAAUCUAUGGCCCCUCUUCCAACAUUAUUUUUCAGAGCUAUUCACAAUUAUCUCUCCUUAUAUUUAGUUUCUUCUUCUACAGUCCAACCCGAUUACCAUUUUGACAUUAAUAUUUAAUCAUGUUACACACUUAUUCAAAAGCCUACCAUGAUUCCCUACUGUUAAGACCAAACUCUGCACUAAGCUCCAUUUCUUACCUUAUCUACUUUCUUUACCUAACAUUUACCCUUAAGUGACUGCCUCCAGCCAGGUCUUUCUCCUGAAUUCCACAUACCCCCAAAUGAAGCUGAUUUCCACCUCCAAUUUUGCUCAUGCUACCUUCCCUCCACAUAAUAUAAUCUGUCCAUUCUUCUUGGCCCAUGAAUUUUCUACUCAUGCUUCAAAGUCCAAGCCUCAACUCUGUUAUGAAGUCUCUAUACAAAAGCUUUAGGCCACAGAAAUUCCUCUGUCCUCUGAAUUUCUAAAGCAUUUGCAAUGUGUAGCAUACAAUAUAACAACUAAUUGUAUGAUUCCUUCCAUUGCUCUCUCUUUGAUGGUAGUCUUAUCUUUCGAGCCAAAAUGGGAUACUGGUUUACCUUCCACUGGGGACCUUGCCUUCUCCUGUAUGUGUCAGAGCAAUUCAAUACAGAUCUAGCACUUCAUAAAUAGUUGUUGAUUUAAACAAAUACAAAUUCACAUUUAACACAGGCCUUAAAGAUCUAGAAAUGGCUUCAUUCACUACCCUGUGAGGCAAGCAAUUCAAUAUUCUCUUUAUUUUUAUAGGUGAGGAAAUUGAGGCUCAAAAACUUUCAGUGGUUUGCCAUCUAGUAAGAUAUAAGGGCCAAGACUUGAAACCUGACUUUUUUCGAAGUUACAUAUUCUCUUCCCUCUUCCAUGAUGCCUUUACACACACAUGAACCCAAAGCACAGAGGGGCAAGAACAAGGUUUAUUAUACAUAUAUAUAUAUAUAUGCAUCUAUUAAAAAUAUUCUUCUUCCCCUCAUACUCAGGAGGGAACUGAGAGAUCUGCAGUUAGAUCCCUUUCAGGUAUUUGGUGAGUCUUAGUUGAUACCAGGAGAGGCCACCCUUCACCUUCCAACUCCCUGGUCCCUUUUCCUCUCUUUCCCAAGUGUUAUCUUUCCAUCUCCACAUCUGCUAAAGGAAAUCACCAGAUCUUGGUGCCAUUCUGAAGGGUAGGAGAGGAACUGAGGUUUGAGGUUUCUAAAUUCCCCUAUUCUCAGUGGUGGUGGGUCACUCCUAUCUAUGCUCUUUUAUUCUGCAAGACAGUAACCGUGAUGCAUCUUAAGAACUUUAGGCCCACUCUUUAGCUGAACCUUCCUGUAUUAUAUUGUCCCCCCUAGUUAGAAUAUAAGCUCCUUGAAAGCAUGAAUAGUUGUAUGCCCAGCACUAAUGACAA